AUGGCGCGAAAUUCGGAAAAGGCGCAGUCGAUGCUGUUUCGCUUCCGCGAGGCGCAGGCUGCCGACCUGGGCAUCGUCGACACGGGCCGCGCGCGACGCCCGCGCGCCAUCACCGAAGUCGAGUCGAUCCCUGUGUGCGAGAAGUGGCGCGGGCAGGUGCUCCGGGAGAUCUCGCGCAAGGUGUCGCGCAUCCACGAGCCGGUGCUGAGCGACUACCAGAUCCGGGACCUCAACGACGAGAUCAACAAGCUGAUGCGCGAGAAGCACAUGUGGGAGGUGCAGAUACGGAACCUCGGGGGGCCCAACUACAUGCGCGGCGGCGGCGGCAAGGUCUACGACGACCAGGGGCGCGAGGUGCCCGGGGGCGGCAAGGGGUACCGGUACUUUGGGCGCGCCAAGGACCUGCCGGGCGUCAAGGAGCUGUUCGAGGCGGCGGCGGCGAAGAGCGCCGAGGACGGCAAUAAGCCGCUGGAGACGAGCAAGGAUCUGCGGAGGGCGGUCGACGCGGCGUACUACGGCUACGCGCCGGACGAGGAGGACGAGGCGCUGCUGCGGUACGAGGCAGAGAAGGAGCGACAGGCGAUGGAGAACCUGCUCGGGGACGGCGUACAGGAACCCCCAGAGGGGUGGGAGCCGCUGCCGGGCGACUCGGGCGAUGGACAUGUCGUGAGCUUGCCAACGCUGGAGGAUGUGCAGGAGGAGCUGAUCGAUCGCCGGCGGCGAAAGCUGCUGGAGCAGCUCUGA